GCGGAGAGGGUGUUUUCGUUUGGCUGUAACAUGAUACCAGUAACGGGAACACAGCUAUGGGACAGUAGACAUAUCGUUGAUUUCAUGCAUUUCUGCGGUAACGCUAUCUGGUUCAGUGCUAGGACGAAUAUCAAAAAAGGAUGGGUGGCGCAGAACAAAUGAAUGAAUGCGAAUGAUUUUGGAAAAACUAGCAGCAGCAAUUGACAGAGAAGUUGCGCAGGCUACAUAGCCUAGGGCUAUCAGAAUAGCCUAGUAAACCGUUUUGCAUGGAGAUGCAUUCACGUCAACGGCAUCAUGAAGGUGACAUAUGGCGUUUAUGUUUGUGUCGUGUCUACGUUCCUACUUUGUCUAAGUUAACACAGUGACCACGGCGUUCACAGCAAGAUUUGUAGACGCUUAAAAUAAUUUCAAAGAAUCACUUCAUCGCGGACCUCAGUUUGGAGGAUUGGCCUAUUUUUACGGUAGGGCGGGGGUGAAAAAUCCUGUAGUACGCUAGUUGAAGUUGACCCCUCAGAAUACCGGGAACAUUUUCAGUGGAAUGUAUUGCUCAUUUAACUCAAAUAAAAUGAUGAAUUCGAUGGUCUUUGCUGAGGCUUUGCCAUCUUCGGGUGCCUCUGCGUUCCCAGUAGGAGCGCCAGCCUCUGGUGCUAGGGUGUCUAGUGCCCUACGGAACGAUUUGGGUUCCAACAUUCAUGCCUUGAAAACCCUUAACCUGCGAUUUCGAUGUUUCCUAGCUAAAGUUCAUGAAUUGGAGCGUAGAAACAAGUUGUUAGAAAAUCAACUACAGCAAGCUUUAGAGCAAUCCCGCUACAGAGCCUACUUUAGCCGAGAACAAGCCACCCAAACGGGCUAUUUGGACUUUUUUCUGGCUCGGCCACGGGUACCCGGUACGAUAUGGAGCUUUACCCACACAAGGAGGUUUGGGGACCGAAUCGAGACUAUCCACAGCCCCGGGGUGUCAUGGAUGCAACCGGAUGGUGUUGGAAUUCAAGUCGACACCGUCACCCCUGAACUGCGAGCCCUUUACAAUGUGUUGGCUAAAGUCAAAAGAGAUAGAGAUGAGUACAGAAAAAAAUGGGAGGAGGAGCUGUCUAAGCGCCAGCAGAUGGAGGCCAUGGUGGAGACACUACAGGAGAGUGCCCAGGAGUCUGAAGUGGUUCAGGGGCAGCUCACUGAGAAGGUGGAGAGACUCAAGACAGAGCUGGUGGUCUUCAAGAGCCUCAUGACUGACAAUAAACACCCAACCAACUUUAAAUUGUGCGGACUGGUUCAACUUACUGAAAUGUCGGACUUGGACACUGCGAUCCAGAAGAAGGCCAUGAAGGUGGACAUGGACAUCUGCAGACGCAUUGACAUCACGGCCAAGCUUUGUGACGUGGCUCAGCAACGCAACUCAGAAGACAUGAGCAAGAUGUUCAACAUGAGCCCACACAUGAGCCCCUCCAGAGCACCCCCAGAGAGCAAAGGGGCUGCAUCUUGCAGGAGGAAAGAGCGUAAGGCUGUCUACGAGGAGAGGAGUCCUGAGAUUGAAAGUGAGUCUGGUGGUGGAGAGGAGGAUGAAGAGGAGGAGAAGGAGCAGGUCGUAGAGUCGCUCAACAUCACAGACGAGAUGAAACGCAUGCUCAAUCAGUUAACUUGCUCAGAUGAUAAUUCCUUUGUCACCAGGAGAGAGACGUUUGACUUUGAUGACGACUGUGACAGCCUAACUUGGGAGGAGAAUGAGGAGACACUGCUCCUCUGGGAGGACUUUGCCAACUACAACACCCCCUGUGCUGCAGCCAGUGCUGCUGCAGCAGAAGGACAGGGGGAGGGCCCUGGGCAGGCCUCUCAGGAUGGCAGUUUGGGCAGCCUGAUCGACGAGACCGAGAUGCUUUUCCAGAACCGAGAGAAGGAGUACCAGGAGACCAUGGGUCAAAUAGAGUAUGAGUUGGCUACAGCUAAGAGUGAUAUGAACCGUCACCUACAGGAGUACAUGGAAAUGUGUUCUAUGAAGAGAGGCCUGGAUGUUCAGAUGGAGACCUGCAGGAGACUCAUCAAGGGCUCAGGGGGCACCGGCAGGAACUCUCCAUCGUUCAGCUCGGUAGCGAGCAGCGACUCAGGGAACAGUGAUGAGAUCCAGGAGGAGCUGGAGAAGGACGGAGAGGCAGUAGGAGCUGACCCUUGACCCUCCGGCCCCUGGCUACCCCACCACCUGACCCGGGGAAGAUGAUGGAGGAAAUGCCUUUGUUCCUCAAUGCUGUGGUCCCCCUUUUCUUCAGCAGGUUUCCAGUUGAUCUAAGAGGAGCCCUGUGGAAACUAUUGGUGCUUCACUGGUUUACCCAUAUAGGGAUGAACUUGUAUUCCACAAUAAGGUGCAGUGUUGGUUCCUCCUCACUGAUCCUCAUUGGCCUACCACUGAUCAGAGCGGUCACUCCUACUAAACACAAGUAUCUCCACACACACUCAACUUACUGUACGCCUAUGGUCAUUUUACUGUGUAUUCACCCCAGUAUUCAUCCUAACCAUGUUAAGAUCAAGGAAACCGGACAUAUUCAGCCAUUAGUGAUCUAGCAAAGCAUUCAGUGGUCCGUAUGAUAUAUUUAAGCAAUAAGGCCCGAGGGGAUGUGGUGUUUGGCCAAUUUAUUACAGUUCAGGGCUGUUCUUAAGCACGACACAACGUGGAGUUCCUGGAUACAGCCCUUAGCCGUGGUAUAUUGGCCAUAUACCACAAACCCCCGAGGUGCCUUAUUGCUAUUAUAAACUGGUGACCAACGCAAUUAGAAGAGUAAAAAUAAAUGUUUUGUCAUACCCGUGGUAUACGGGCUGAUAUACCACAACUUUCAGACAAUCAGCAUUCAGGGCUCGAACCACCCAGUUUAUAAUUAAAAACAAGGGCUAGGUUCUAUCAGAUCCACACUAGCCGACAUCUGCAUAGCAGUUGUUUUGGCGGUGCCUGAGGUGGCACUGCAUUAGAACUGUCAAAUCCACAAGCGGCUCCGAGCAUUAUACCUAAAGCAGACAUCACCAUUAGCUGCAGAGAGUCGCAUGGACAGAAAUCCCAUGCAGCGUUGUUUACAAGUUGGAACGCUGAACCGUGAGAUGUAAUCUACACCUGGAUUAGGCUGAUAGAAAUCCUCAUUAUUCAGAUUAAUGAUUUUCAAUUUGAGCAUCAUUAUUUCUACAUCCAGUUCAAGUCAGAAGUUUACAUACACUUAGGUUGGAGUCAUUAAAACUCGUUUUUCAACCACUCCACAAAUUUCUUGUUAACAAACUAUAGUUUUGGCAAGUCGGUUAGGACAUCUACUUUGUGCGUGACACAAGUAAUUAUCCCAACAAUUGUUUACAGACAGAUUAUUUCACUUAUAAUUCACUUGUAAUAUCACAAUUCCAGUGGGUCAGAAGUUUACAUACACUAAGUUGACUGUGCCUUUAAAUGCUUGGAAAAUUCCAGAAAAUGAUGUCAUGGCUUUAGAAGCUUCUGAUGGUUAAUUGACAUGAGGAAGGAAAAUUAUGUGGAUAUAUUGAAGCAACAUCUCAAGUUAAAGCUUGGUUGCAAAUGGGUCUUCCAAAUGGACAAUGACCCCAAGCAUACUUCCAAAGUUGUGGCAAAAUGGCUUAAGGACAACAAAGUCAAGGUAUUGGAGUGGCCAUCACAAAGCCCUGACCUCAAUCCCAUAGAAAAUUUGUGGGCAGAACUGAAUAAGCGUGUGCAAGCAAGGAGGCCUACAAACCUGACUCAGUUACACCAGCUCUGUCAGGAGGAAUGGGCCAAAAUUCACCUAACUUAUUGUGGGAAACUUGUGGAAGGCUACCCGAAACGUUUGACCCAAGUUAAACAAUUUAAAUGCAAUGCUACCAAAUACUAGGAUUAAAUGUCAGGAAUUGUGUAAAACUGAGUUUAAAUGUAUAAGGCUAAAAGGUGUAUGUAAACUUCCGACUUCAACUGUAGCCUACAUUUUUUCAUUCAGAACUCUGGCUUAGUGGCAAUGAUCACAAGAGCAGCUGCUCCCCUAUUUGACAGCGUCAACUUAGUUACACCUCCGACACCGGCAAAAUAUCAGCUAUGUGGGUGUUGGCUAUCGCCGUUUAAAGCUUGAUCUGAUUGAAUCUAGGCCUACGCGUUGACAGGGAAAAUGCAUUUCACGUACUGGACACGAGGUCAAUCUUCACUCACUGAAGUCAGAUUUAGGUUCGUUCUGAGAUUGCCUUAAUGUAGAUGCCAUUGCUUAUGCGCAUACAAAGAAGGCCCAGAGUGCCUUUGCAGGUACUGUAUGAAUUGGUAGAAUUGAAGUUCCCCCAUAUCUGGACGUAGCCAUCACAGGAGGGGUAAAACUGAGUUGAAGUACUGUACUAUGCAAUAAGCAAGCCUUAUUUUUCUGGACUAACCUCCGUUACUUGUCUUAGUUUUUUUUUUGCUGGGAAAUGAUGAUCCGUCUGUUAAUCUGACAGCCUAGAAGACUUGGGGCCAGAUAUACUUAUCAUUUGCACCAGUACAAAUUUGCACCUAUCAUUUUCAGAAGGGAAUCAAAGAGACCAAAAUACAAAGCUAAAAGCUCUUUACCUUUUUCCUAACUUGUUUUGUUCGAAAAUAUGUUAGAAAAUGAACCGGUUUCAAACAUUGCACCAGUGCCAACGCUCAGCACAUCUGGCCUCAACGUGGUGUGUCAGAUGACUCCACUCUCUCUGAGGAAUGGUGUCACUCAGUAUUUUCAGAGGGUAAAUAUGACCAAAUAUGGUCAUCUAAAUAAUACCCGUGUGCCUACUGAUACACUAGCCUGGUCUCAGAUCUGUUUGUGCUGUAAAGCCAACUCCUAUGGUCGAUUUGGCAUUCGAACAACCAUAGGAGAUGGUAAGACAGAGCAAACAGAACUGGGACCAGGCUACUCAUAUGCUGGACUCAGAAUCAAUAUGAAUUGCCUUAUUACAUUGUUUUAUUUUUGUUAAAAUGCUACUUUAGCACUAACAUUUAUGAAUCAUGAUACACACAGCCUGUUAUUGAUGUACUGUAUGUCUAGAUUUCAUUAUAGUUUGUAUGCUCUCCAAAAAUGGAAGAGCAAUUUUGAAUCAUAUAAAGGGAUAAUCGUGUGUAAAUUGAUUUUUGACAUUCGUAUUUGAAUAUAUCUGUUAGUUUCUUUGGGAACAGUCAUGGGUGCCAGGGAUUUGCUAGCUGCAAGAUUCAUAUUUGUAUUUUAUGUGCAGAAUGUUGCUAAAUGCAGAUGCUUGCAAAUCUACUGUGUGACUGAACCAUAUAUUUAAUAAACAUUGUUUUAAUAAAAAAGACUGCUCUUUAUUUUAACGUUAUCUCUUGGGGCAGAUUGUCACGCCCUGACCUUAAGAGGUCCCUAUUAUUUUCUAUGUUUGGUUAGGUCAGGGUGGGACUCUGGUGGGAAAGUCUAUGUUUUCUAUUUCUUUGUUUUGGCCAGGGGUGGUUCCCAAUCAGAGGCAGCUGUCUAUCGUCUCUGAUUGGGGAUCAUAUAUAAGUUGUCAUUUUCCGUUUGGGUUUUGUGGGCUCUUGUUUUCUGUUUUGUGCCUGACUGAACUGUCUCCGUUUGUUUUCAUGUUUGUUAUUUUGUUUGAGUGCUUUUGAAAUAAAAGAAUCAUGAACAAGUUC